AAAGAAAAGCAACUGACUUGAAGAUGUCAAGUCAACAGAUUCUUUCCUGAAAACAAUAUUAUUUCCCUUAUUAUUAGUGUUUAAUACUACAUGUUCUACUAUACACAAAACUUUGGGGUUUUGAUCAAAUUCUUCAUUACAAAUGAGUGGUGAAUUUCCUGAAACAAGCAAAAAAACCAUGGAUUUGAUACUUGUUGAAGAUGAUUCUGGUAGUGAUAUUGAAAAUGGAGUAAGAAAACUCAUGGCCAUAACCGCCAUGAAAGAAGAGAAGUUGUACGUUGCACUGGGAAAGGAGGUCAAACUAUAUGAAACCCUUCUCUUUUGGGCUAUUCAGAAUUCUGGGUGCCACAAAAUUUGCAUUCUUCAUGUUCAUCAACCUGAAAAUUUCAUCCCCAUUUUGGGUGAAAAGUUCCAUUGGAGCUCCUUGAAAGAGCAGCAAGUCAGUGCAUACCGACGAAUAGAGAGACAAUUUAUGCUUAAUACUUUAGAUGAGUAUCUCCAAAUUUGUCGCCAGUUUGGGGUGCAGGCAGAGAAGCUUUAUAUUGAGAUGGACUCAAUUGAGGGUGGUAUCUUGCAGCUUAUUGCAGACCACAAUGUUGAAAAGCUUGUCAUGGGUGCUGCACCAGAUGACUGCUACCACACGUAUGAAUCGAAGGAUAUUUAGGAAAAUGGUGGAACCCAUGUCAAAGAAAGCAGCUUAUUUGCAGCUGCACGCACCUGAUAAGUGUCACAUCUGGUUUAUCUGCAAGGGACAUCUCAUCCAUCAGAGGAAGUCAUGUAGUUUAUCAAUACAUGCUCAAAAUCAGAGGUCAGUUAACUCAAAAUUUGUUUCUCUGAUGGGUCAAAGCACUAAAUCUGAAGGAGGAAAUCAGGAUUUAGUUCUUGAGGAGGGAUCAUCUCAUUUUAGAGUGAGCAAUGGAGGAGUCACUGAGCGUUUCACCUUGGAAAACAUUGAAAAUCCUGUUUCUCAGCCUGAACUUGAUUUAGAAGCUGAUCGCCAUAAUUGGAGUGAAAAAUCUAAAUUGCUGAAAUCUCAAGGAUAUGAGGUCUUUAAAGGAUCACCUUCUCACCUGAGCAGAGAGUCAAUAGCUGACCACCUAGAACUUCUCGCUGGACCAUUCUUCGAACAGAAUCAUCUUCAUCAUUUGAUUUCUCAUUGUUCAGUUGCGCAGGCAAAAUUACCAGACGGUUGCUAUGCAGAGGCAGUGAGUCAAAGGGAAGAACUUGAAAAGGUGAAGAAUGAUCGAACCAAGCUCAGGGAAGAACUUCAGUAUGCAAUGGAUCAUAAUUUAGUAUUGGAAGGGAAAGUUGCAAACUAUGAUAAAGUGGUGAAGGAAUUGGAGGAAGGGAUUAUUUCUAAUUUCGAACUGCUGCAAAUCUGUGAGAAACAGCGGGAGGACUUGAAGAUCGAACGUGACAAUGUCAUCAAGACAGCUGAAGAAUUGUUGAACCAAUCUGCGGAGGCAGCAUCCAAGACCAAUGUCCUCAAGCUCUUCACCACAUUCACCUUUGCGCAGAUCAAAGCAGCGACUACCGGUUUUGACCCUUCAUUACGAUUAUGGGAAGAUGGGUACUGGAGCAUGUAUAAAGGAUUUAUUUCCCAUACACAAGUGACUGUGAAGGUGUGGCUUCCUGAGGCAAAAUUUCGUCAAGAGGUUGAGAUACUAAGCAAGUUUAGACAUCCAAAUCUGGUAACUCUUAUGGGAGUUUGCCCUGGAGCUAAGGGUGUUGUUCUUGAAGAUCUCCCCAAUGGAAGCCUUGAAGAAAGAUUAAGUUCUACGUGCAAUUCUCCUCUCUCAUGGCAAACCCGAAUAAGGAUUGCCACUGAGUUAUGCUGUGCUCUAAUCUUCCUUCAUUCCCGUGUACCUGAAAGAGUUAUUCAUGGUGCUUUGAAGCCUGCGUCUAUUUUCUUUGAUUCGAACUUCACAUGCAAGAUCUGUGACUUUGGAUUUUCUCGCAUAAUUCCGCACGAUGAAGAUUUUCACACCACUGAGGUGUCCUGCAGUUCCUCAUAUACGGAUCCUGAGUACUUCAUAAUGGGAGUUGCUAAACCUUCCGUGGAUGUUUAUUCUUUUGGAAUGAUACUACUGGAGUUGCUGACUGGAAAAUCAGCAUAUGGGUUAACAGAUGAACUGGAACAUGCUUUGAAUGAAAACAAUCUUGAUUCUCUCUUGGAUACUUCAGCAGGAGACUGGCCAUUUGUGCAAGCUGAGCAAUUGGCUCGAUUGGCAUUGAGGUGUUGUGAGGAGAAUGCAAGUGAUCGUCCACAUUUGGAGUCGGAUGUAUGGAGAGUCCUGGAGCCGAUGAGAACUUCAUGUGAGUCUUCAACACCGUACCAUCUUGGAGAUGAAGAACGCCGCCAAGCUCCAUCAUAUUUCAUUUGUCCUAUAUUCCAGGAAGUCAUGGAAGAUCCACAUGUUGCAGCAGAUGGCUACACUUAUGAGGCGGAAGCGUUGCGAGGGUGGCUUGAUACCGACCAUACAACUUCCCCCAUGACAAAUCUUCAACUCGAACACACUAAUCUUAUCCCCAACCAUGCCCUUCGUUCUGCCAUCCAGGAGUGGAGACAGAGGCAUUGAUUCUCAUCAAAUCAAAUUUACUCUUUGGUUUUGGUUCUUGCAAAGAAAAGGGAAAACAAGAUUACAAGAUGAUAAUAGUAAACUGGUAGUGUACAUAUCUUGGUGAGGUGGAUUUACCUAGCAAGUACAUAAAUGACAAGUCAAGCUUAGUUGAAUUAAACACUCCUUUGCAUGCGAUGUGUUUUCUUCGUUAGAAUUUUGCUAAACUAAACUGAACUUUUUACAGCAUAUCGAAUUUUCUCAACCUUGAUUGAACUUAAUGUUUAUAUU